CCCACACAAAUGCAAAUGCUUAUCUAAACGAACGAACGAACGAUCGCUUAGUUAUCAAAAUGCUUUGCGUUCGCAGUGCCAACCAACAACACAUGAAUUAUAAAUAUUUCUCUGUGCAAAAAAUGACACACAACUGCAACUGCAAUAGCAAUAGCAAUAGCAACAGCAACGGCAACGGCAACAGUAGCAGCAAAUCUCAAGGCUACAACAAGAGUGGCACCAGCUGCUACACCAAUACCAACAACAACAACAACAACCACAACUGCAACAAUUGAGAUAAUUUUUGUUUGCUAUUUCUUUCUACCUCUUCCUUUUACUUCGUUUCAAUUAAUAUAUGCUGCCAACAACAACACAAUUAUAACAACAUUUAAUGCCCAAAAAUGAUCAAAAACAUUGUCCGACAGAGCAAUUGUUUUAUAAAGAAAUAGC